AUGCGGAAGGUUGCUUCCAAGAAAAAGAAGAAAGCACCGAGCAGUGAAGUUGAUUUGAAUUGUGGAGACCCUCUCAUCAGUUCCCUGCAGAGACUGCAUCUAGGCAAGAUGGUGCAUCCUGCCGACUCGGCCCGGCAAGUCCUUACAAGCCGCUUCGAGGAGAACAUUACGCCUCCACUGACAUUUGCCAACGACGUCAAUCAGAGACGGCUGCAUGGAAAAUUCCAGUUUACUGAUCAGUACAUCAUUCGAGAAGGCAUUAAGAUGGCCUCUCCAAGCAAGAACACCGGCUGUUCCUGUGCCGACUGUGACCAAUCGACAUGCGAGUGCUUCACCAAAACUGUCCCUGAUGAGGUGGGAAGGGGCACACAUGAGGAGCAAGUCCGCACCUACGUCCGACGACCGGACGGCCUUGUUGUUCUAUCCAAUGAAUAUAUUGAUCGGGAAUUAAACCCGGAGGGAAAACACCGGUUUGCAGUGGCCGAGUGCAACGAUUUGUGUACUUGCGGAGCCGACUGUUGGAACCGGGUAGUCUCGAAGGGACGCACCGUGCCACUCGAGAUCUUCCAGACUGCCAAAUGUGGGUUCGGCGUUCGGUCGUCUCAGGAUAUUCACAAGGGUCAAUUCAUCCAGCGGUACCUGGGCGAAAUCAUCACCGAGGCGGAACUACGUCGCCGCGAGGACACGGCCGACGAAGGCGACUCGAGCUACAUCUACUCACUAGACUGGUUCGCGGCGAUCAAUGACAAACAGUACCACGUGGAUGGUAAAUACUUUGGCUCAGCCAUGCGCUUUGUCAACCACAGCUGCAACCCUAACGUGCGAUGUAUCGCCGUCCAACAACAUAAAGGCGAUAAGAAGGUCUAUAACCUGGCUAUUUUCGCCAUCAAGGACAUCAAAGCUGGCGUGGAGAUCCGCAUCGAUUACCAGGCAAGACCAGCCAGUAGUGAGGGCAGCGACGCUGAGGCCGAAGCUGAAGCCCAAGGAGGCAGCGAAGGCGACGAGGAACUAGUGCGGUGUUAUUGCGGCGAGAAAAACUGCCGCAAGUAUCUGUGGCCGUCGAGCGCCAAAGAACGACGACGAAGGAGACGCAUUUCGGAUUGA